CUUCAUCUCGACCAGAAAAGAUUCUUUCAUCUAGUGAUAAAAAAGUAAAUAAACAGAACAACGUAACCCAAGCUCUAUUUAACUAUCUGGUAGAAGAAACUAAAGCACUAGUUGCUUUAACAUCUGGGACUUCCAAAACUUCUAAGACGUCUAACCUACCUGAGCCAGAAAUCAAUAAGCGGUCUCAAAAGGGCCGGCUCGAAACUAGCAAGCUUCCUGAAUCUAUCAAGCCUAUCAGUAAAGUGAUAAAUGCGCCUUCUAAAGAAACUGAUUCUUCCAACCCUAUCAAUGAAAUAACACUCACUACUGACAUGGCUACUAAAACAGCUUCCCCAAAGACCCGAAAACCUAAACAGUUUCUAGAAAAGCAUAAUCUGAGAACCAACUCUACCCCAGAACAAUUAAACAAAUAUGCUCCCAAACUUGAUGUAUUACUUCCUGAUUGGAUGGCUCGCAGGUGUGUUAAAGUCGCUCUUGCCAGAGGUACUGAUAACAGACGCUCAUUUAGUGAAGAGCGGAUAGAGGCUCUCUUACCAAAUAAGAGAAAAGAAAAACUCACCAUAGAGGAAAGGGCAAAAUAUUGUGCUAAAAUCGGCGAUGCUAUGAACAUUUUCACCCAUCAUUUAGAUUUAGGCCCAAAAAAUGAUUAUGAAAAUGAAAUAGUCACCAGUGAAAAACAAACUAAAAAACGAAUGGCUAAUCCGGAUAGAAUUCCAAUACACUUCUCGUCAGCAAGAGUGCUUAAAAGGAUUCAGAAUAUGGAUGUUUCUAAAAUUCCAUCUAAAGAAGAUCUCGCGGAUGUAAUUGUGAUGUUGAGUAUGAGACCUGCAGAAGUAAGAUCUCUUCAAAUUUUUCACUAUGAACCAGAUCCUUUGAAUGCUCCAGUAUGGUAUAAAGAAGGUUAUUCUUGGUACUGUACGGGCUAUUUAAAAAGUAGAGGAGAAAAGAAAAAGAAUCUCGAGCCCCAACUAUUUCUUUCUAUGGAGAAGAACCCGGAAUGCGCAAGAGAAUUGCUUACUUGGAUUCAAGAUGCAAUUAAGGUUAAAAAGUUAUCUGACCCUGUCUUUAUUAGAAAUGGAACACGUAACGCUUGGCCAUUUAACAAGUUCUUAAAACAAAAACCUUAUAGAACCAUAUCUAAAAAAUUAAGAGAUUAUGGAAGUAAACACGCUUCCAGAAUCCAUGGUGGUGAUAAUUACGCUAUAGGCGAUACAGAAUCAAAAGAGUCUGACUCCGAACCAGAGACAAGUGACAGUUCAAAACCUCAAAUACAGGCUUCUUUGUCAUCUCAAACAAUAGAAAUGGAUUCAAUGUUAGCUAAAAUUGAUGCAAUGUUAGCUGAAAUUUGA